CGUUUUUAUUUUGAUACGACCCGUCUCCACCAAAACGCAGAAACGAUACGAAAACGAUAAAAAUGCUCUACAGCGCAUGUGUAGACCCACUAUUUUGCUGGUUUACAUCGCGCGCGCAAAUCGAAUCACUCCAUCGUUUUCGAAAGGUUCCGUUUUCGUCCGUCCCCACGGCACCGAAAGGGUAUCGUUUUCAAAUUGUUCCACUCUGGAGAUCGUUCUCAAAUCGUUCCGUUUACGGUCAUCGUUUUCGCCUUUCCGUGUGGACGAUACCCGUAUCUGUAACAAAAAUGUUGCGUUUUCAAACGAAAAACGGAUACGUGGGGAAGGGAAAUGUUGGUUCUCACUUGGACGUAAGCGCAAGCGCAACGCACGCUUUUUUCCGAUUCUCACUGGAACAUAAGCGCAAGAGCAAGCGAUAGAACGCAACUGCUUGAUUUUCUUGCGCUUGUGUUUAUGUUUGACCAAUUUAUUUUGCCAGAUCUACUUAAGGUAUUUGAGAAGGUUGUAGCUGCACAGAUGACCACCUUCUGUCAUCUGUGAGACCGAGUCAGUUCUGAAUGUCAACAUCUGUUCUCAUGGGUAUACCAGAUGACCUUCUCAAGGCUAUGAAGAAAAGGGAGGUUACCCUUUUGGUCUUGGCGGACUUUCCCAAUGCCUUUGACACAGUCCACUACUCGAUCCUGUUGUCCAAGCCAUCUUCGUUAGUGUUUUCAAAGACUUUCCCGAAAUGGGUUAUAAGAUAUCUGAGUGAUAGAACGCAGUUUGUUCAGAUUGACGAUAAAUUUUCAGAGCCUGAAAAAGUACGUUUUGGUGUUCCACAGAGAUCCAUCCUCGGGCCGAUGCUCUUCAACUUAUAUGUCUCUGACUUGCAAACUCAUCUCCCAUCGACGGUCACCACCUUCCAGUAUGCUGACGAUACGACAAUUUACUCCAGUUCUCAACCUUCCGAGCUGCACAGAUCUGCAGAAGAGCUGAACUCAUCUUAACAAAAUGAGCUCCUGGUCCUCAGCAUCACACCUUCGUCUCAACGCGAGCAAGACCAAAGCCAUGCUGCUCUCCACAAGCCAAAUGGCACGUGUUCAUAGUCUAGAUAGCGGCCGACCUGUAGUAUCGAUCUCUGACAAGAGCCUAGACUUUGUCAGUGUAUACAAAAUUCUAGGUGUAAACAUCAGCGAACAUCUAAAGUUGGACGAACACGUAAAGGCAAGGCUCCGGAAACUCAGCUAUUGUGUUACUGUUUUUAAUCCUUUACCCGAGUACCUCUCGAAUCGUUUACAGCGCACCCAGUUUGCGGCCGCCAGUUUUGUGUUGGGACGAUAUGUUAACAGUAAAUCAGAUAUACUAAAUCUUGGAUGGCUGCCUUCACAUAAAUUAAGAGAUUACUCACUACUCAGAAACACUUUUAGAGCUAUGUACUCUUCUAAUUGGCCUUCCUACUUGGAAUCUUCUGCGGCCACUAGAUUAGUUACUCCACUCCUAGCGAACACCUUCCAGAACUCAACAGCAACUUACUGACUAUAAGCAUUUGUGUAACCUAUGCAAGAACUUCCUUAGGGACCGAGCUAUUUCAACUGUCUAAAUCUAUAGAUAUCAUGUAUAUAUGUGCAUAAACUGCAUAGUGAAGAUAGGCAAACAGGUAACGCUACUCGAAAGGUUUUAGUUUUAUUUUCAUACACCACAGGGGCGUACGCAGGAUUUUAACAAGUUGCAGUCAAAGCGUUCAGAAGCUGAAUGAGGGCGUGGCCCCUCAUCCCGAUUCCCCGUGAAGAUUUCAUAGCUCCCGCUUUUGGGUUUGAAAUUGGCGUAAAUGCGUCAGACUUAUGAGAAUAUUACACGAUCCUCUGUAAUCCUCGAUCCGAAAUAGGACUUCAGCCGUCGCGUGACACCGAACGAC